GUGAGCAGUUGAUCUAUUGUUCAUAAUAUCGAGCAGCAAAACUGACGUUUCUCUUGCAAACACAGCAUUGACGACGAUAUGACUGGACUCGUUCAGCCAAUACCCUGCCGGACAACCCUCCUUCCAGUGUUGCACAACGAAAGCCUCCAGUCAUGGGAAGACACGAUCAAAAUCAAUAAAGCUCUUUCACUGAGCUCAAGUGGUGCAGGGGGUUUCAACUGGCCACGACAAGUCUCAAGCGCGACCCCAGUCGCCAGCACGCCAGACCUAUCACCACCAAUGUACACGCAACUUCCAAUGCAAGACACGGCGAACUCGACACAACUUCAGCGCAUCACAAUCUCCACUGACUCCAUAACCUCGAAGCUUCCGCAAAGCAGCAUGUCUUAUCGGCCAGAUGUGCAGCAACCACCAAGUAAGAGACUACGCACCGUAGCUUCAGCAAAACAACCUUCUCUAGGUCCCGAAGAAAGCGCCAGCCACGCAUCAACACGACUCAAACGCAACAUGGGCCAAGCCCGCCGCGCAAAAUCACUCGGCGCAACUCCCUCCUCUCACCAAGGUGAAGCGGGAGAAGACGAGGUAGAUGAACAAGAAGAGCCAGAAAAACUCCGCAUGUACCGCGAGCGCAAUCGUAUCGCAGCGGCAAAGACAAGACGAAAAAAGAAGUGUUCGGCCAAAGAACUCGAGCAAAGAGCGCAAGACGUCUUCCUUCAGAACCAGUCUUUGAAACACGAAGAACGCUCGUUACGGGAUGCUUUGAGUACGUUGAGAUUCACGGCUUUGGCGCAUGAUCCUAGUAAUUCUGGAUGUGCGUGUGCGGAUAUUCAUGGUUAUAAUCAGAGGAGAGCGUUGGAGAUGGCGCAGGAAAUGGCAGCUUCGAAGUCUUCGGCGACGCGGUUGGAUUUGGGUUGAUGAUGACGACAGUAGCGGAAUUAUGAUUUGAGCCGAGUCUUUUUCUUCAUUUUGAUGCUGAUGAGCGCGCUAUUGGGGUAUGAGGCGUCCGUCGAUGGAUGGGCGGUUUGAUGUGUAUUCGUUUUUGGAGAACCGAUUGAGUGGGUAUGCCUCGCACCGGUCCACUGGUGCAUGGGCAAAUGCGAAGAACAUUCUUC